GUCAACAGAUACCAACAAAACGAUGUUGCAUAUUGCCAUUGAAGAAAGAACCGACCCUGGAGAUAUUCCGGUAGCCGAGGCAUCCACAAGAGUCUCCCCCUGCGGAGUUACACCGUCCUGCAAGGCACUGACAAUGGAUGAGAAAUACCUCCUAUUGUCUCGCGCGGCUGCAGCUGUUGUUUCUUCCUUCGUGUAUGGUAUGACCGCUACCGCUGCCUGAUCUCCUCGAUACCCAUUGACGGUGGAAGGGAGAUGGGGGUAUAGACUGGUCUGAUGCAUGUCUUGGGAGGUUUGAUUGAACGCUUCACCCCCAAUUGAACGGUGAGGCUCAAGUGUCGCCCACGUAGGACAAGAUCGAUACCCCAAGGUCACGACAAUAUUGAAGAAUCAUGUAUGUAUGUUGUAUGUAUGUACGGAAGCGUAUGAUGCAAAUAUGUAUGUAUGUACUGUAAGAACACCGAAAGCCUUUUUUUUUCCAAAACGGUCGGCUCAUAUUGAAAUGAUCUGCAGUCGUUGUUGGCAUCUUGUCAUGAUCAUAAUCAAGAUCAUGAUCUGAUCAGCCUGACUGACUGACUACUGGGAAUGCAAAUGCAAAUGCAAUGACCCUGUCACCCUGGCGGGUGAUGCGCAAUCGGAAGAAACGGAUUUUGGUUGGAAGAAAGAUCUAGACCUGCUGAUCGAGG